AUUUUCAAAUUUCAGAAAUUACUAAAAAAAAAGGAGAAUAUAUUGAAUAUAAAUAUGGAGGAAAAGAGAAAUUCACAGGAAAAUGGAGUGCCUAAAGGGCACAAUGCUGAAGAUUCUUAUAAACAAUUUCAAUCUGCAGCCGUUGUUUGCAACAACUCUAUUUCGUGUACCGUGGGAAAAAAUAUUCUAGCCGAAGGAGGAUCAGUUGUUGACGCUGCAAUUGCAUCCAUGCUAACAAUUGGUGUUAUAUCAUUCCAGAGUGCCGGAAUUGGUGGUGGAUUCAUCAUGGUUUACUACGAUGCUGAAACCAAACAAGAUUACGUUUUAGAUGCAAGAACAGUUGCUCCAUUGGCAGCAUAUCAAGAUAUGUACAAUGUAGAAAGAUAUCACCGAACUUACGGGAGAUUAUCAAUUGCAAUCCCUGGGGAAAUCCGGGGUUAUUGGGAAGCGCAUGUGAGAUUCGGAAAACUUCCAUGGAGCCGCCUAUUCGAACCAGCAAUUCAGGCAGCUGAAGAUGGUUUCGGAAUGACCUCUUCUUGCGAAAACUGGAUGAACAUAAUGUUUGCCAAGGUUGAAGAAAAUAAUAAUCUCAGAAAUCUAUUGAAGAAAGCCGAUGGAAAUUUUAAACGGGCUGGAGAUAUUAUAAAACGACCAAAUUAUGCAGAAACUCUUCGCAUAAUAGCAAAGGAAGGUUGCGAAGCUUUUUACAAUGGUUCGCUUACGAAGUCGAUUUUAGAAGAUAUUAACGAUGGAUUCGGACUUCCGUCUAUCAUAACAAAGGAGGAUUUCACAGGAUACCGGGUAAAAAUGGAAAAAUCAAUCAAGAUAAAUCUGGAUGAUAACCACCAGCUUAUUACGACUCCUGCACCAAGCGGAGGACCAGUGCUUGCUUUUAUGCUCAACAUACUUAAAGGAUACAAGUUUACGUCUAAAGAUUUAAGCGAAGACAAAAUUCUAACAUAUCACCGAAUUGUGGAAGCAAUGAAGUUUGCAUACUAUGAGAGAAACCAUCUAGGCGAUCCGGACUUUAGCAUCAAAGUCGAAGAGGUUGUACAAAAUAUGGUUUCUGAGGAACACGCUAGGGAAAUUAGGAAAAGAAUAGAUGAUACCCAAACACAUUUAAUAGAAUAUUACGGAGAAAGCUUACUCCCAUUACCCGAAGAUCACGGGACUGCACAACUAGGAAUAAUCGGAAAAGACGGAAGUGCAAUCGCCAUGACGAGUACCGUUAACAACGCUUUCGGUAGCAGCAUGUAUGGUAAGAGAACUGGCAUACUAUUCAACGAUCAGAUGGCACUAUUCUCAGUACCACAGGCAGAUAACCCAAACACCUAUCGGCUUCAGAAUCUCAUAGCACCGGGAAAAAGAUGUGUAACUGCAACCUGCCCGUCCAUUAUUAUGGAAAAGACUCCCAAUGGCUCAGAAGUUAAAAUGGUGAUAGGAGGAUCUGGAGGUUCACGUAUUAUCAAUUCUUCUUUGAUUGUUAUAAUGCGGACUUUAUGGUUCAACAAGAACAUCAAUGAAGCGGUAAACGAAAAACGAUUCCAUCACUCAUGGUAUCCAAACGUUUUACGUUUUCAAGAGGGUUUUAACAAGGAAAUUAUUCAUGGCCUGAAAAACAAGGGGCAUGAAAUCGAAACUGAAGGAUCCCAUGUUUCAACAGUUCAAGCAAUUAUGAGACAAAACGAAAAUAUAAUUGCAGCCAAAUGUGAUGAUAGACGAGGCGGCUCACCGGAUGGGUUCUAGAAUAUAUUAUAAAUAUUCUAUAAUAUAUAUAUUUAUUAUACUGUAGCGUGUGCGUAAUGAUUACUAUAUAAUGUAUAUAUGGAUUUUUAUGUUAUUAGUGUACUUGAAUGCAAGGAAGCCGUUUCAAUUCUGGUGAUAACAACACCAAAAGCUUUGUGCCGAAAGGAUUGAUGACCUUUCUUAGGCCCUUGGACGAAAGUUUGGAAAAAAGGGUCUUUCAUGCAUUCCUUGUUUUCAGUUCGAUUGGGAUUUCAACUGUAUACUCUUAUUAAGGAUUUGAAUGUUUAUUUCGUAUCUCUCAUUAGGAACAAUUCAAUCCUGAAAAUUCAAUAAAAUAUACGAACAUUCGGCAUUGCAA